AUGGUGGGCUACGUCAUGAAUGACAAGCACCCAAAGUCCAUCCGCGUGGCUUGUGACAGGUACAUGUGGGUCAUGCGCUACAAGAAGGCCUUCCGCUUCACCAAGAAGGUUUGGGCCCACGACGAGCACUCGGAGUGCCGCCUUGGGGACGUGGUGCGCAUCCAGCCCUUGGGCUAUCGGAUAGGCCCCUGGAAGACGUACGUCUUGGUGAAGAUCCUCCAUCGGGAGCCUCGGGAUGCCGCGGGCCCAACAGACACCGCGCGAACGGAGUCGGGGGAGCUGGAGGGGUCUUCCGGGUACGCGGCCGUUCCUUUCGGCCGGGGGCCCCUCCUUUCGGCGCACGGCGGGCCGAGCUCCGAGGACGAGCUGGCGCCCCGGGGCUCGGAGAAGCGGAACCUGCUGCUGCCGGGGGGCCCUGGACCCGGGACCACCGGGACCGUCGACGUCCACGGAGGUGUCCGCGUGAGAAAAGGAACCGGCGAGGGCUGGGUGGGUUGGGUGGGCCUGCGGCUGUCCCCGUUUGGCUUGGGGUGGAGCUUGGGGCCCUUCGCCUCCGGCAAGGCCGAGUACGACGGGGACCCCCUGGUGCCUUUAGGGGGCGUGCACCGCCUCUUCGAGCGCAAGAAUGAGGAGGUGCAGGAGUUCCUUGCGGAGCACGCGGCCGGCGGCCGCAUCGCCUGGCGGGAGGCAGCGGCCAGCUCCGGCGGGCGCAAGGCGGAGGUGCAGCUGCCCUUCGACCAUAUCAACUUCCAAGGCGCCCAGCCGGCGGGGGAUCAGAGAGAAGCAGCGGCCCGCCAGGGCGGGCAUCUCGAGGCGCAUGUUGAGACCCGCGAGAAAGCCUGGUUUCCGGGACAUCUGGUAGGCUUGAUGCAGCACCCGCCGACGGGCGGCAGCUCGGACGUGCUGCACGUGCAGUACUGGACGGUGGGGCAUCUCAAGGUGAAGGAGCCCGGGGUCUACGGGAUCAACUGCAGAAACCUCCACACCUUCGAGCUGCAAGCCCCCAACGGCUCCGUGCUGGGGCCCUUGCUGGGGAACAUCUACUCGGACCCCUUGGUGUCCGCAGUGGUGGAGCUGAAUGUGGGCACCUACCGUCUGGCCUCGCGGCUGCGCGGCAAGGUGCCCCUGCGUUUCGCUUGCGUGGUGGAGGCGCGGGAGGCGCUGAGCGCCCGGGUGAAGUCAUCCAACCUGCCGGACCUGGUACGUGGCCGCCUGCUGGCGGACCCAGCGCCCUUGGAUCUGCGGGUGCUGAGUGGGACCAGCGAGUGGCGGCGCGUGCGAGCAGAGGUGGAGGAUGCCUCGGGCCGGGUGUUUGGCGCCUCGGUGGCGCCCAUCUCCCUGGCGCCCGGUGCGGUGGCUCAGCUCCCCGUGAUGAUCUCCGUGGCUUCGUACGGCGCGCCCAGCGACCAGGAGGCUUCCAGUUGCCUCCGCUUCGCGGUGUCCUUCUUCGACGACGACACGCGGCUGACUUCGGUGCCGGUGGCGCUGCGGUGCCGCCGCGCGGACCAGUCGGCGCUCUUCGCCUUUCUGGACGCGGAUGGCUCCGUGGCCGUAGCCGCGGUGCUUCCGCCGCGGAUGCCGGCGGGGCCCCGCGCGAUGUGCCCGGUACUGGUGUCGCUGUCCGGGGUGGGAGUGGAGCCCCAGGGGCAGGCGGAUGCGUACAAGACCAAGGGGCCACAGGAGGCAGACUACACAUUCGGCUUCGAGAACAUGUGGGUCUUGGCGCCCCAGCGUGACGGGCCGCACAACUGGGAGGACCGGGGCCUCCAAAGCGUCUUCCGCGCCAUCGACGCCCUGGUCGCGUGGACGGCGAUCGGCGGCUCUUCCGGCUGCGCCGCGGACGCGGACCGGCUGGUGGUGCACGGCCACUCCCGGGGCGCGCACGGGGCCUGGGGCCUGGCCACCGCCGCGCCGGACCGCGUGCUGGGGGUGGCGGCCAGCUGCGGGUGGUACAGCCGCGAGGAGUAUGGGGACGCCAACAACCUUUGGGUCCAUGAGGUGUCGCUGAUGCACAUGGACAAGAUGCUGCUGGGCGUGCUGCAUGCCAGCGUGGCCGUGAACGAGAACUCCUUGCACGCCUCCAAUCUCAAGGCGGUGCCGGCGCUGGUGCGCGUGGCCACGCGGGACCAGGCGGUGCCCGCCUGGUUCGGCCGGCGCAUGGCGCGGCACCUGAGGGAGGAGGGUGCGAACGUCACCUUUCAGGAGUUUGACCAGGAGCACUGGUGGUGGGACACCCACACGUCCAACGACGGGGGGGUCAUGCACGACCCCUCCAUCCGAUCCUGGACGCUGCAGGUGAGCCAAAGAGACCCGGGCGCAGAUUUGGCGCGGCUGCUCGACGGCGGCAGCUUCGAGCUGAGCGCGGGGGGGCCGCUCUACGAGGGCCGCUUCGGGCUGCGGAUCCUGCAGCGCGCGGCCAGCGGGGCGCGGGGGUUUCUGCGCCUGAGCCGCGGACCCGAAGGCGUGCGCAUCGCCAGCUCUAACGUCCAGAGCUUCGCCCUCCGCCCCAACUCCGCCCUCGCGCGCCUGGCGGCAGAGAUGGCGGCACAGAUCCUGGUGGACGACCGGCCGCUGCCGAUGGACUUCGACCCAGCGGUCGGCACUGCCUUCUGCAAGCGAAAGGCUGAGGAGGUCGAGGCCGUGUGCGACGUCAAGGGAACGUGUGUGGGUGCUGCGCGGUGGGGCGUGUGCGACGCGCAGGCCUCCUUUGCUUGGCAGGGGCCCAUCCGCCAGGUCUUCGGGUCGGCCUGGGCGGUGGUGCUCCCCGACGCGGCCACGGCGCUGGAGACGCGGCUGGGCGCCUACGUGGCCUCGGGGCACUUGGUGGCCGUGGGCACCGCCACCCAGGUGCUGACCUGGUCCACAGCCCAAAAGCUGCGCUCGAGCCACCGCUUCUUGCACCUGGGCCUGGCACGACGCCUGCAGGGACAGGGGCGGGGAGAAGAGCAGUGGCCGGUGCAGUUCACCGGUGACAACGCCUCGGCGUUUGCCUUGGGCGGCUGCGCCUUCGCCGGCGCCUUCGGCGCGGUCUUCCGGGCGCCCGUCGAAGCCGGCGUGGGGAUGGAUGUGGUGGUCACGGCGUUGGAGGACCAGGCGCUGGUGGAUUUGGUGUCCUUUUCCUUCGCCAGCAACCAGCCCCACACGCGGGCGCCCUUCUCCAACAUGCUCCCGGAUUUCCUGAUCAGCGGCCCGGACUUCCGGUGGAAGGGCUACGGGGGUGUGGCGGCCGCCGGGUUCUGGGACGAGAAUUGGCGGGUGGCGCCGUUCUCGGCGUAUCUGCGCUGCUGA